AUGACAGAAGAUGAACUGACCUAUGAUGAUGUGCAUGUGAACUUCACUCGAGAAGAAUGGGCUUUGCUGAAUCCUUCACAAAAGAGCCUCUACAGAGAUGUGAUGUUGGAGACCUAUGGGAACCUCAAUGCUGUAGGCUACAAGUGGGAAGACCGUAAUAUUGAAGAUCAUUAUAAAAGUUCCAGGAGACAUGGAAGGUAA